AUGGCGGUCAACCGUAUCCGAGGCGCCUUCCAGGUGCCUCGCAAGGGCGAGACCUUUGAGCUGCGAUCUGGCCUGGUAUCUCAAUAUGCCUACGAGCGCAAAGAAUCGAUCCAAAAGACCAUCAUGGCCAUGACGCUUGGCAAAGAUGUCUCAGCACUGUUCCCCGACGUGCUCAAGAACAUCGCGACAGGGGACUUGGACCAGAAAAAGCUUGUAUACCUAUAUCUAAUGAACUACGCCAAAUCGCAUCCCGACCUCUGUAUUCUCGCCGUCAACACCUUUGUCCAAGACUCAGAAGACCCGAACCCGCUGAUACGAGCUCUUGCGAUCCGGACGAUGGGAUGUAUUCGUGUCGAUAAGAUGGUGGACUACAUGGAAGAGCCGUUGCGAAAGACCUUGCGAGACGAGUCGCCGUACGUGCGCAAGACAGCUGCGAUCUGCGUUGCCAAAUUAUUCGACUUGAACCCAGCCAUGUGUAUCGAGAAUGGCUUCUUGGAGUCGUUGCAAGAGCUCAUCGGCGACCCGAACCCAAUGGUGGUGUCAAACUCAGUACAGGCACUUUCGGAAAUCUCAGAGACAGCCCCGGAGACCAACGCUCUCGUGGUCAACGCGGCGAAGUUGAAAAAACUCCUCAUGGCGUUGAACGAAUGCACCGAGUGGGGUCGCGUUACCAUCCUCACAACGCUCGCCGAUUACCGGGCGGCAGAUGUCCAAGAGGCCGAGCAUAUUUGCGAGCGUGUUGCACCCCAGUUUCAGCACGUCAACCCAAGUGUGGUGCUAGCCGCUGUCAAGGUGGUCUUUACGCACAUGAGGUCGAUCCAACCAAAGGUUGUGGCCACAUACCUCAGAAAGAUGGCGCCCCCCUUGGUCACACUGGUUGCGUCGGCACCCGAGGUGCAGUACGUUGCGCUGCGGAACAUCGACCUCCUUCUACAGGCCAAGCCCGAUAUUCUGAGCAAGGAGAUGCGCGUCUUCUUCUGCAAGUACAACGACCCUCCAUAUGUCAAGCUGCAGAAGCUGGAAAUCAUGGUAAGGAUAGCAAACGAACAGAACUAUGAGCAGCUGCUGGCGGAGUUGUCUGAGUAUGCUCUGGAGGUCGACAUGGACUUUGUGAAGAGGGCCGUCAAGGCAAUCGGCCAGGUCGCCAUUAAGAUUGAGAGCGCGAGCGCCAAAUGUGUGCAGACGCUGGAGGAUCUCCUGGCUACCAAGGUCAAUUACGUGGUUCAGGAGGUGGUGGUGGUGAUCAAGGACAUUCUGAGGAAAUACCCUGGCUUCGAGGGCGUCAUUCCGACGCUCUGCAAGCACAUUGAUGAACUGGACGAGCCGACGGCGAGGGCCUCGCUGAUUUGGAUCGUGGGAGAGUACGCUGAGAGGAUCAGCAACGCCGACGAGAUCCUGACGAGCUUUGUCGAUGAGUUUAACGAGGAAUUUGCGCAGACGCAAUUGCAGAUCCUCACUGCUGCGGUCAAGCUUUUCCUGAAAAAGCCCAGCAGCGCCCAAGGGCUCGUGCAGAAGGUGCUGCAAGCUGCGACCGCCGAGAACGACAAUCCGGAUAUUCGUGACAGAGCUUACGUCUACUGGCGUCUUCUGUCUGGCGAUCUCGACGUCGCCAAGAAUAUCGUUCUCUCUGAAAAGCCGACCAUUUCCACAACUGUCACCAGCCUUCCCACACAACUCCUCGAGCAGCUGCUCUCAGAACUAUCGACACUUGCUUCUGUCUACCACAAGCCCCCCGAGUCCUUUGUCGGCAAGGGCCGAUUCGGCGCUGACGAGGUGCAGCGCGCUGCUAUCCAGGAGCAGCGCCAGAACGCAGCCGAGAAUCCUAUUGCGGCGUCUGCGCCCAGCGGUGCCCCCGGCGCGACCCAGCAGAAUAAUGUCGAAAACCUCCUCGACAUCGACUUCGACGGUGCUGCGCCAGCAAGCCAUGAGCAGCAGAACAGCGGAGCGCCGUCACGGACGGCCAGCCCAGCGGUUGGCGGGCAGGCGUCUGGUGGCAUGGCCGACAUGAUGAGCAUGUUUGACGCGCCUGCGCCUGCGCCGGCAUCUACAUCUUCACCUGCACCCAUGCCUGCACAGCAGACUGGCGGCGGCGGCAUGAAUGACCUGAUGAACGGGUUUGAGGGCCUGAACUUUGGGGGCCAGCCGUCCGGGGAGCCCCUACCCGCCGCGAUACAACUACAGAAUGCGCAGGAUGGACAGCCGGCGCAACCGCAGGGGCAAAAGAAGGAUAGCGAUGACUUGCUCGGCUUGUUUUAG